AUGCUGCAGAAGCUCGCAGGCGAGCUGGACGAGCGCGUCGGGUCCCCCUGCGGCGCGGCCGCCCGGCCGGCGAGCGCCGCCGUCGUCGAGUCGAGGGACGCCUCGCCGUCUCGUCUCAGCUCGUCGAAGCGGGCAGCGCGAGCGUACGCAGAUUGGGCGUGGAGGACUCAGCGAGGCCGGGGCGUGCUACGGUGGAAAGAGUUCCGGCGAUGGAGGAACUUUCUCGUCCAGAGCGCCGGCGGCGACCUGUUUCGGCGGUUCAAGCUCCUGCGCCCGUCGAGCUGGCUGCCCAAAGGCGAGCCGCCGGUCGAGUUGCGCAAGUUCGUCGGGCGCGACGGCCAGAUCCAGCUCGCGGUCCGCCACACCGACCUUGGCCGCAUCGAGCGCCACAUGGUCGACUCGGGCAUGGCGUCGCCCGCGCAGGUCGCGCAGGCGUGGCGCUCGUUCGCGGCGAGCAAGGGGGCCCUCAUCCCCGUGUACAAGGGCGACCUCGUCACCGUCACCGACGACUUGUUCGCGCAGCACCUCGACGACAUGACCGAGCACAACGCGCCCAUCGUCGCCGCUUACAAGAUGGCGCGAGCCGUCGCCGAGGCGUCGGCCACCCCGGCCUCCUCAGCCCUCCCCGACUACUCGACGCUCGGCCCUCCUCCUUCAGCGCCGUCGUCGCCGCCCUCGCCCGCUGUCGACGAUCCUCUCGUCGCACCCGUGUCCGACGAGGCGACCGCCACCCUGUCGGACCCGGCUAAACCUGUCGAGCUCGUCGCCGACCCGCUCGAGGACCUCGACGACGCCCUGCGCGAGGUGGACCAGGCCGUCGUGUCCGGCGCAAGGCGGCCGUCGCGCAAGAAGGACUGGAUGGUGCACUGGGGCCAAAUCGUCGAGGGCUGCAAAUCCUGCUCCACGAAGCACUUCAUGCGCGAGAAGGCUCAGCCGGGCACGACGCUCAAGGGCAUCCUCGCCAUGUUGCCUCUCACGCCCGCCAAGCUCUUCGAGUCGACCCUUGCGCUCGACUUCGAGGACUCGACCUUUGCCCACGUCGGCCCCGACGGCACCCGCAGCGUCCUGCUCCGCCACAAGGUCUUGCGCGACGCCUUGCGCGACUUUAUGCGGCGCUGUGGACACGACCGCGACGCCGAGCAGCCGCUGUUGCGCUUCCCCGUCGUGCGGCACCCCGACAUCCACGACUUCCCGGGCGCCGUGCGACUUGGCGCCGCGUCGGUCGCCGACAUCGAUCGUGCAUGGGCCGCCGCAGGGCGUCCAGUACCCGCGCAACGCACUUCCGCCGCGAGCGAGCCGAUCAAGACCGUCAAGUCGGCGCUGCCAGUGCUCGCCCUGAAUUGGGCCCAGAUCGUCGAGGCCUGUCGAGCGUGCAACGAGGCGUACGCCCACGCGCACACGUUCAAGAAGACGAGUUCGGCCGUGCCCGCCCUCGUCGCCAUGCUGCCCCUCACGCCCGCCAAGCUGUUCAAGUCGGCCGCGCCCGGCGACAUCUACACCUACACGUUCAAGCACACGCCCGACGACGACGACGGCCCGCCGAGCGUCCUCGUCGGCUACAAGUUCGCCCUGCGCGCCGUGACCGACCUCGCGCGUCGCUGCGCCAUCGACCCGAGCGAGAUCGAUCGCUUGCGCUUCCCUUUGCCGCCCAGGUCGAGUGCGGCCCGCCUCGUAUCGCCCGACCUGCUCGGCGCCAAAUCGAUCGAGGACGUCGAGCGAGCCUGGCAGGCGGUCGCCCGUCGUCACGCUGGACCCGUACCUGGCCCUGUCGUCGACUCGCCCGUCAGCAAGAAGCGUCCCGUCGACGCCGUCGCAGCCUCGCCAUCACCGACACCCGCCUCGUCCGUCCCGACGACGCCGGCGCUGUCGUCCGUCGAGUCGACGCCCGAGCCGCCGUCGAAAAGGGCCCGCACGACCGCCACCGUCGCCGCCGUCCCUCGCCCGGCACCCGCGCCAGUCGAAGCGCCCGUCAAGGUCCCCGUCGUCGUCGUCGAGGACGAGCACGCGCGACGCGCCUCGCUCGACGAGGCGAAGGAGCGCGGCGCCACGCACUUUGAGCUCGAGACGCUGCGGCUCGCGCACGCGCACGCGCGGCAGCACGGCGCGGCGGCCUUCCUCUCGAUCGACAUCGAGAUGUGGGAGCACCGCACGAACGACCUGCUCGAGUUUGGGUGGAGCACGCUCGAGUUCGUCAAGAACCGCAAGACGGGCAAGGUCGAGACGAGGCGCGAUACUCAGCAUGCAGUCGUCAAGGAGAACGCGCACCGCCGCAACGGCCGGUACUCGCCCGACAAUCGCGACAACUUUGCGUUCGGCCGCACGGUCCGCCUCCCGCAGCAGGCCAUCUACCACACGCUCGCGGCGCUCCUCCACACCCUGUCGGCGCACGCCCACGUCUUCCUCAUCUUCCACGACCCGCGCGCCGACCUGCGCGCGCUCGACCGCAUCGGGUUCGACACGGCGCGCGAGUUUGAGCCCGACUUGCGCCGGCUCGGCUCGACGGCGAGCGCCAAGGUGCAGAGCGACGGCGGCAAGGUGUGGGUCGUCGACACGCAGCGCCUGUUCUCGGCGUGGCUCAACCGCAAGGUGCAGGCCGGCCUCGAGAAGGCGUGCGUCGAGGUCCAGGUGCCGACCAAGCCGGCGCUCCUCCACAACGCCGCCAACGACGCCUACUACACGCUCAACCUGUUCGAGCGCCUCAUGGACCGCCAGCGCACGCCGUCGCCGACCUCGAAGCUCAUCCAGAACCUCGACGAGCGUGCUCGAGUCGACGCGGAGCGCAAGCGCAGCGUCGCGGCGGACAAGGCGCGGCGGGUCGAGGAGAGGAGGGAACAGACGGCUCUGGCGCGGUGAGGUCUAGCGGUGUGGCUCGCGGUCGUGUCCUCUGUUGUGCUGCAUCUUUCCCUUGUUGUCUUUAGACCUUCCCCCUCUCGCCUUAGACGCUUAUCGCAUUGCAACCUGCAUCGAGUCGACAUCGUCGUCGACGACGACCUUCUC